AAAAAAAAAAAAAAAAAAAGCUCCGAACUGCGAGUCGGCUCCUAACGCGAAUCUAGAUGAACCGAGACAUUUGACUCGUUCGCGAUUAUUAUUAUAUGAUUUAGGCGCAACCAUACCAACCUAACACAGUGGCAAACAGCCAAUCACAGAGCAGGAGGCGGGCUGUGUCGGAAUACAGGUAACAGAUGCGUUUCAUACGAUGUCAUGUAAGGAUAAAUAGCAUCCUGUGUUCGCGACCAGAAAUCAAGAUACUAAGCUUUGUGCCUUCACAAAGGCAAAGCCAUGUACUGCCACUAAAUAAAUGGACAUAUACACAAACGCUGGUAUGCCACUGUGUGUCAAUAAGAUAAGGAUCCUCUGAACAGUCACGUUAUUGAAAAAAUCAAGCAAUGUUGGCCCGGAAAGGUUUGCUGCCUGAGGGAUUUUUGUUGACCCGACUGGCUGAAGAUUCCACCCAGCCUAACCGCUUCCGUACCAAAUCACAGCGUGCCCGCUUUAUAACCAAGAGUGGAUCCUGCAAUGUCGCUCAUAAGAACAUACGGGAACAGGGUCGGUUUCUUCAGGAUGUCUUCACCACCAUGGUGGACCUCAAAUGGCAGCAUUCCCUCCUUAUAUUUACCUCAGCAUUUCUCUGCUCUUGGAUGCUCUUUGCCAUGAUGUGGUGGCUCUUGGCCUUUGCACACGGUGACCUGGAACCACGUGACCCAAAUGAGCCUGGACCUGUUCCGUGUGUCACUGCCAUACACUCUUUUACAUCAGCAUUUCUAUUUUCUAUCGAGGUGCAGGUGACCAUUGGUUUUGGUGGAAGGAUGGUGACAGAGGAGUGCCCACUGGCCAUUGUAGUUCUGAUUAUCCAGAACAUCUUGGGCCUUAUUAUUAAUGCUGUUAUGCUGGGCUGUGUGUUUAUGAAGACAGCUCAGGCUAAUCGCCGAGCAGAGACUCUCAUCUUCUCCCGUAAUGCUGUCAUUGCCCCACGCAAUGGCAAACCCACAUUGAUGUUUCGUGUUGGAGACCUGAGGAAGAGCAUGAUUAUUUCAGCUACCAUUCAAAUGCAGGUAAUUCGCAGAACGGUGACGGCAGAAGGAGAGGUGAUUCCAGUCUGCCAGCUUGAUAUCCAGGUAGAAAACCCACUCAGAAGCAACGGCAUUUUUCUUGUGUCACCACUCAUCAUCAGCCACACCAUUGAUAGUGGAAGUCCACUCUACGAGGUGUCUGCCCAGUCACUGGCCACAGAGGAUCUGGAGAUAAUAGUCAUACUUGAAGGUGUUGUAGAGACUACUGGCAUCACUAUGCAGGCACGCACAUCCUACACUCCAGAAGAGAUUCUCUGGGGACGCCGCUUCGUCUCCAUCAUGACAGAGGAGGACGGCCGUUACUCUGUGGACUACUCUAAAUUUGGUAACACAGUACCAGUGCGUAUGCCCGCCCUCAGUGCUAAAGAGCUAAACCAGACAAGAGGAGUGCAGGAUAAUGGCCCACACGAGGGCAAGCCUCAAGGAUGGGGGCUGGUGCGGGCAGGACGUGGCGGGUACAGGAGGACUGGGGGGCGAGCCUGUGAAGACCAGCCUGCUCGGCCCUGGUAUGCUCCGGCAGAGGAGAGUGAGAAGGUUAAAGAAAAGAAUGGUCAGAAGAAGUCGGUGAAAUUAGAGGUGAUUGGACGAGAGGUUGAGGAGGAAACCAUGGAGGAUAUGAGUGAUUAAACUAUAGAUUAUAGACUACAGCUAGUCCAUA